GUUCGUUCCCUGUGCAGCGUUCCGGGUGGGAGCACGGUGCCUGUAGCUUUCCUGCAUCAUGACGUCUUGUCCCAUGUCCAAACUGUAGCUGUUUUGCUGCAGACCGCUGGCUCCAGGCCAUCCAGCGUGGUCGAUGAGCUGGUAUGUUGACCAGCGUGGCCGCCGGGUCUGGGUCGAGCGCGAGGAGACAGUCUUUACCAUCGAUGAGCCCACCGAGGAGCCGCCCACGGAGAACCUCACCUACCUCGCCAGCGCGUCCUCGAAGGCGGUGUACGCGGAACACAGCAUCGACGAAGAGUCCGGCGCCAGGGGCAAGAAGAAGGAUGCCCAGGCUGGGCGGCAGCGUGGCUUCGUCGUCCGCAUGGAUCACGACGACGACGGGCUGUCCAGGGUGGCGGAGGACUUCGUGCCGGUCGCGAGGGACCUGUUGAAGUCCGGAGCCGUCUCUAGAGUGGACGUUGACACCUCCAGGGAUGGGGCGAAGAAAAAGAAGAAGAAAGCCAAGGACAGAAAGCCUGGCGAAGAGGAGGAAGACGAGAAGGAGAGGGAGCCGGCGCUGCCUCUGGGCGUCAACGAGUGCCGCGUGGAGACCACGGCCCGGUGCCAGCACUUCGCGCACGGCACGGGCUGGAGGGUCGACGUGUCCAGCGGCGAGGGGGCUCAGAGGAUCUUCCUGUUCACCGCCAAAAAGGAGCUCACCUCGGCCGACUGGCACAAGCAGCUGCUGGCCAGCAUGGGCACCUCCGGCAAGAGGGUCAUGCUCGGGCGCAUGCUGGGCGAGGGCCCGGACGGGAGCGGCGCGGGGAAAACGGGGCCCGCGAAGAAGGACGAGGCGCAGCACGACGAGGACGACUGGCUCAAGAGCAUGAUGGGCCUGAGCAAGGACAGGUCGUCCCGGGCCGGGGCGGAGCCCGCAGGCGGCGGCGGCGGCGCCGAGGGCGCGGCGGGCGACGAGGGCCCCGACGGCGGCACGGCGCCUGCCCCGAAGGCUCCGGCCAAGAAGGCGAUCGCACCCCCGUGGCUCCGCAGGUAGCCGCCCGUGUUCGGGUUUCUCGUGCGCCGCGUCGCGCGCGCGCCCCGCGCGCGCGCGCGCCCCGCGCGCGCCUGGUGCGGACGCUGUGAGCGGCGCCGUGAGCGGCGUUGAGGGCCUCCUCCCCGGACGUCCGACGGCAGGGCUCGUCCCAGGCGCGCCCCCAGGAAGUGCCGGGCCCCCUGACCCUCCAGAGUGCGAAG